AUGGCCUACGGGAAGGAGAACACGAGGUUCGCGAGGCAGGGUGAUGAUGGAGGCCGUGACAUGCAGAUGCAGGCGUUUCGCGUACACGAGCACACGGACGCGCACAAAGCGGCUGUUGACCAGCAGCUGAAGAUUGCGAGAGGCAUCCGCGAGGGGCAGCAAGUGAUUUCAAACUUCAUCAACUCGGACGUCGAGGGCAGGCGCGCCGUCCGACUGUUGCGGGAGGCGCUGGCUGUUAAGGACGCGGCGACGUCCAACCCCGACCUCGGCAUGGUGGACAAGGUGGUGCGCACCGUGGCGGCAAAACUAGGAGAUUCUUCAGUCUGGAGCCAACGGUUCAAGUACCUGCAGCGUGUGAUCUACAACACUAACCUCGAAGUCCAGGGGAUCCACACGGUUCGCUGGCUCUCACGUGGAGAUGCAGUGCGACGGCUGUACAAGGUGCUCGGUGCGUGUAUCGUUCUUCUGUGGGAGCGGAGUCACAAGGUGUACGAGAUCGUCACGUGCUACAAGUUCCAGUUUUGCCUGUUCUUCCUCGCCGACAUCCUCGCCGACAUGAACGACCUCAACCGCUGUUUCCAGAAGCGAGAUAUUGAUGUGACGGAGAUUGCGAAGACCAUCGAGGCCACCACGGCGGAUCUGACUGAGCGGUAUUUGGAUACCGACAAGCAGUUCGGUGGCGAGGGCAAGUGCUGGCUGGUCGGCUUUCUGAAGCUGCACGGGCAUGGUGGAGGCAAGAAGGUCCGUGUGAGAGGCGUGGACAGGGAGGGACGCCCAGUGAACCAUCUGUACACCAUGCACGAGCGGAAGCUCCCGGGGCACAAGGUGGGGAGCGGAUACGAGGAGUGCGUGAAGCUGUGCCGCAGUUUCGCCCGCGAUUGUGUGGACAAUCUCAACGAGCGGCUUGAUGACCUGGGGAAGCUGGGGCCGACGAAGCUGUUUCGGGCCGGAAAGUGGCCGAAGAUCAAGGCACAACGGGAGAAGAAGUGUCGUGAGUGGCUUCUGGGAUGCAGCAAACUCUUCCGCCACAAGCUGCCGGGAUUCGACCUCAAGGCCACAGAGAGGGAGCUUCCCACAUUCUGUGCGAUCAUGGAGGCGCACCACGAGCUGGAAAGCUUCACGCAGGGACUGACCAACAUUCUCGGGAGCGCGGACUCGAAGAGGUCUAUGAGGAGGAGGCGCCCCGCAAAGAGCGUGAAACUUGCUGUGGCUGAUCGCGAAAGGAGGGGGAAAGCAAAGGAGGGUGAAGUCGAAGCAGGAGCUGCCCACCAGAACGAUGGGGAGGAGGACGAGGAGGAGGAGGAGGAGGAUGUGGAACAGGCCCUGGGCGACGAUCAGGAGCUUGUGGGGGAGGAGGAGGAGGAGGACAAUCCCUUCCUUUCGGACGAUGAGGAUGUGGAGGAAGUGUUCCACAUCGAUAGGCCUGUGCACUAG